AUUACAAUAUUUGAAAGGUGGAUUAAUUAAAUUUUCGUUAUAUGUGAAACAAUAUGGAUAUUCAACAGUCUUCCGAAACAGAUACCGCGUGUCUCAUGAAGAAAUAUAACUUCGUGAAACCAGUCACCGUAACGGUAAUUUAUGAAGAAGACGAAGAAAAAGUUAAAGAGAUCAACAUCGAUGACAGUAAUAAUAGUAUGAUAAAUCAAGAAGGAAAUAAACUUCCAUUGAGAUCAAACGCUUCAAAAAAGUCCGAUGAAACUAAUACGGAAUACGUAAAUUCUAAAAUAAAAGAUAACUAUAGUAUGUUACUUACAUUAGCACAAAAUAUGUCCAACAUAGUUAAAGCAUAUUAUGAUUACAUACAAAGUCUUAAGCGAAACGCAAAUAAAGCAGUUAAUUUAAAAUUUAAAUAUAUUCAUACCAAAUCUGAAAAUUAUAGACGGUCAUUUAACGUAACUUAUCGUCUACUAGUGCCACACAAAGCUAAUGCACGUGUAAAACAAUUUUUAAUACAAAAAAUAAUUGAGUUAUCAAAAGUAAACAUCGACUCCACAUUUGUAUUAUGGCUUUAUUAUGAUAUAAUAUUUUGGACUGAAGGAAUAAAAGAUAAAAUUUUAACUCAAAGUCAAUUCGAUAACGUUAAUCAAGUCUGUAAUUUACCAUCACGUCUUUUUGGAAAGGCACAAAACGGCUCCAACAAAUUAAAAAGAAAAUCUGAUCCAAACAAUUGUUCAAAAGAAAACAAAAUUACAAUAUUUUCGGCAGGGCCGAAAGGAAAUGAAAUAAUUCUAAAAGUUGAUGCACAAUAUGCACACACAGCAUCACAGAAAAAUGAAUUUGAGAAAGUUAAAAAUAGCGAACGAGAAAACUCAGAAAAGAACAUUACUUCUAUAAAUAAAAGCACCAAUUCCAUCAAUGAAUUAAACCAUCCUUUGCCGAUCAACACGCAAAGUUCACAAACACAUUUUGUAAACCUAAGCAAAGGAUUCAACAAUGAUAACUUAAGCAACGUGAAUAACGUAAUAACAAACGAUGUAGAUCCUUUUAUUAGAAGACUUGAAAAUAUAGAUAAUAGUAAUAAAGUUGCACCACAAAUUGAUAAUAUAAUAGCCCAAAAUCGCCCAAAUCAAGAACAAGAUACUAUGCCAAGAGAAAUUGGCGAAAGUCAUUCUGUUUCGUUUCAAGCUCUAAUUGAUGAUAUGAACUCAGCAAUUUACUCUCAAACUUCCAAGACAGAACAAAGAACUUCACAUAAUAUUAGCGUACCAAAUUUUUUUCCAACAUACAGAACAAACAACGGUAUAUCAACGCAGGAUAAUAGAAAUAACCUUACAACAAGCCAAAAUCAAAUACAAACACUGAAUCAAAAUAUUUACCCACCUCAAAAUACUAAUUCAGACAAUAUGGACAAUUGUCCUACAAAUAUGCCUUUGCAAUAUAACAGUGGAACAAAUCAUUUACCUUUAAGAACAAACUUACAUUACCCUAUGAUUACCAUGAAUGAGAAUAUCAAUCAAAAUUAUGAACGUAAUUAUAUAAUUACAUCUAAUUAUCAAGAAAACUACUGCAAUAGAUCUUUGGUAGAUCAAGGACAACAAACCAAUAAGCAGUACCUUGUCCAAAAUACCAUUUCAAGAGACAGCGGCUUUACAACACCAGUUUCAUACAAUUAUUCACCUCCACAAAUGAACCUUGCCGCUUUCCAAGAUCGUUCAAAUUGGUUCAACAUUUAACAUACGUGGUUGGAAAAAAAGAAAUGUCGUUUAUUUCUUCUUACUCAAAAUGAUGUCGAAGGAAUUGUAUCAAAAUCGAGCUGUUAAAUCUCAAACAAUGCAAACAGUUGAAUCCAAAUUUUGAUUAUCACAAUUGUUUUGUUUAAUAUCGAUUU